AUGGUCCGGGCCUUCCACCGGCCCAGUGCGCCUACCGCGAUGCGUCCCCAGCAGCUGCGCUGUCCGCGGCCACAGCGAUCCGAGCUCAUUGUUACCCACCUGACGGUAGUGCAUAGAGCGAGAUCUUGGUCCGGGAGACCGAGGCUCAUCGAGGCUCACCCAGUGGGCCUCUAUCAGGUGCGCAAAGCAUUCGGUCUCCUAUGCCACCCUGCUCUACCCUUUUUGAGCAACUCUGGCCUUGCCUGGCCCGCCCCGGCCCUCACGCUGUCCAGCUACGCUUACACCGCGCUUCCCUUUCUCAGGCUCUGGCACACUGUCUCCGCAGCACAGUCGACGGCGAAGUGCUUUCGCCCACCUCGCCCCAACGUCCAACCGGGCAGCUCCUCCAACUACAUAGGCGCUCGCAUCCCCUCGUCUCUUCACCACCUCUCGUACAUCUCGCAUUUGACAUCCUCUGCCAACAUGUAUGCCAAGUCUGCCCUCCUCGCCCUGCUCGCCGGCGUGAUCGGCGUCACCGCCUAUGACCCGGCUCACAUGCCUGCCAAGACUGACGCCCAGGGCGGUCAGACUGGCUACAACGACUGCCAGCAGCGCUACGGUGCCUCGAACCCCAAGGCCAAGUGCCAGAACGUCUUUAUCAACUCGGUCAAGGACUUCUGUCUCUGGGGCCCUCCCAACACCCAGUCGUCCGACACUGUGGGUAACCUCGAGGCCGUCAUGGUCGCCUACUGCAUGAAGUCGGGCUACGGUACGCGUCUCAUCCCCGACGGCACCAUCAAGGGCGCUCACUUCCUCAAGACGCCUUCCUUCGUCCAGGUCACCGGCACUGGUGACUUUACCAAGAUCCACAUCCGCGCCGGUGACGAGGGCGGAGAGCUCGACCCUCACGGCGCCACUGGCUCGGGCAACCCCGUCGGUGGCCACGUCUUCACGCGUGCCUUCACUGGCAACUGGGAGGAGCUGCCCGAGUGGCAGAACUUCAUGUCGGCCAACGAGUACUGCUUCCGUGCGUGCCGUGCCGGUCCUUGGGCCAAGAACUGGUGCCCGCACAUCUACGACGUCAUGGGCUGCAUGUGGAACGAGCCUGCCAACUACGACGCCGGUGUGUUCGAGCAGUGCGACGGCAUCGAGGGCCAGUGGCCCGGUGUCUACUCGGGCUCCACCUGGUACCAGGGUGUCAGGCCCACGCCUGCUGCCCAGCCCGCGGGCAAGAGCUCCAACUGCCGAUACUACCCUUCGAUCUCGAACGGCCCCGCUAUCAAGACCCCCUCGAAGCGAUCCGUCAUGGCCACCCAGGUCAAGCGUUCGCCCGAGUGGGAGGAGGACUACUAA